GCAUAAUGUCAAUUACACAAAUGCUGAGAUUUCCACAGAUGAAUUUCCAAUGCCUGCAUGGCCCCUGGAAACAUGACCCAGGUCACUGAGUUCAUCCUCACAGGGGUCUCAGAACGCCCGGAGCUGCAGGUCCCUCUCUUCCUCGGCUUCCUGGGCAUCUAUGUGCUGACUGUGAUGGGGAACCUGGGCAUCAUCACCCUCACCAGUGUGGACCCCCGACUGCAGACCCCCAUGUACUUCUUCCUCCGACAUCUGGCUGUCAUCAACUUCAGCAACUCCACCGUCAUUACCCCAAAAAUGCUGAGCAACUUCUUAGCACAGAAGAAAAGCAUCUCCUACUAUGCCUGCGCCACCCAGCUGGCUGGAUUCCUCUUUUUCAUUGUAGCUGAGGUCUUCAUGCUGGCCGUGAUGGCCUACGACCGCUAUGUGGCCAUCUGCAACCCUCUGCUCUACAUGGUGGUGGUGUCUCGGCGGGUCUGCCUGCUGCUGGUGUCCCUCACCUACCUCUAUGGCCUUUUCACAGCCGUUGUGUUUACACCUUGUGUGUUUUCCCUGUCUUUUUGCUCUUCCAAUAUCAUCAAUCAUUUUUACUGUGAUAUUACACCUCUCAUCGCAUUGUCCUGCUCUGAUACUUAUGUUACAGAAAUACUGGUCUUUCUCUCUGCAGGGACUCAUUUGAUUUCUUCUGUGACAAUAGUUGUAGUUUCCUAUUUCAACAUCAUCCUGUCUAUUCUGAGGAUGCGAUCCUCAGAAGGGAGGAAGAAAGCCUUUUCUACCUGUGGGUCGCAUGUGAUGGCUGUCACAGUUUUCUACGGGACAUUGCUGUUCAUGUAUUUACAGCCCGGGACCAACCACUCCCUGGACACUGAUAAAAUGGCUUCUGUGUUUUACACCCUGGUGAUCCCCAUGCUGAACCCCAUGAUCUACAGCCUGCGCAACAAAGAUGUAAAGGCUGCCUUAAAGAGCUUCGUGACAAACCCCUCCCAUUCCAGUAAGCCAGUGUAACUUUAGAUCUGCACCAAUGAAAAAAGAGAGAAUUCACAUUGUCUGCUAUGACACAAUGAGACAAGUCAGACGGUUAUUUCUAGUCUUACUGGCAUUCCAGCAAGAGAUGCUUGGGUUUGGUGAGAAAUACACCAUGGAAUAAACUAAAACUUAUUGAGUUGUGAGGGAUGAAGUAGAAAAAUAAGGUACUAUUAACAGACCUUUUACUGGGUAGGCAGGUCACAUCUGAAAGAAAGGUUUCCAGGUAUAAGGAAAGAUGUAAGAUUCUAAAAAUCAUUAAAUAAAUAUCAAAUGGAGA